AUGUGUUUAUAUGCCACAAGUGACUUAGGCAUUUUCAAUAACAUAAAUAUUUUUAAAAAUUUAUCAAAUUCUUGUGUCUUCGGCGUUACAUCGGUAUCAAUUGUUUUGUUCACCAGUAAUAUUCCUCAUGGUAAAUUUGUCGAAGUAAACAAAUCCUGCGAUUCUUUCGAUUCAUCAAAAUCAGUCUUCUUCGUAACCCAUGGUUUUCUUGCACAUUCGUACUGGCCUAAUUUUAAUGAGCUUACUUCUUUAUUGUUAGAGAAAGAUUGUACAAUAUUUGUGCUAGAUUGGUCUAACGCAGCAUGCUAUAAUGAUCCUACCAUCAUAAAUCUGUUAGCGUAUCCCUUCGCAGUACGUAACACUCGCGAAGUUGGUGAUUACUUGGCAAGUUAUGUCAAAUCAGUGAUGAAUGUGUGCAAUGUCCCGUUGAAGAAGAUCACACUUAUAGGUCACAGUCUUGGCGCGCAUAUAAGCAGUUUCGCCGCGAAAAACCUGCAGAAAUCAAAUUACGGUAAGAUUCCGUUACUCAUCGGUACUGAUCCCGCGGGUCCCUCAUUCAUGUUUCGAGAUUGCGAAGACAGAUUUUGUAAGACGGACGCCAAACGUGUAGUAGCUCUUCACUCAUCAUUCAUUUUCGGAAUACAAAAAUCUAUAGCUCACCUCGAUUUAUGGUUCAAUAAUGGCAAUUCUCAACCAGCUUGCCAUUUUCUUGAGUUUAAUUGCUCGCAUAAUAUAGCUGUUGAUUAUCUGGCUCAUACGCUAUUAGAUAAUUGUGUGUAUGUUGGCGUUCCUAUAUCAUCUAGAACAUUCCCGUUUUUAAAUGUUAUGCCUGGUUGCUCUUCCAAUAUUACCAAAUAUAUUGUGGUGAAUAGCAAUUUAUUUAACGAUAGCUAUUCUAUAAUCGGAGAUUACUGUGUAUCUGUUACAUCGAAAUAUCCCUAUUGCAAGAAGAAAGAAAAACUCUACGAAGGAAAAGAUCUACGUAUAUUAUAA